AUGUUCUCGGCGGGGAGGCGCUGGGGCCGGCGGCAGCGAGCUCUGCUCUGGGUGAUCCUGCUGGCGGCGGGGGAGGCGGCGUGGGGGCAGCUGCGCUACUCGGUGCCCGAGGAGAUGCCCAAGGGCUCGUUCGUGGGCGACGUGGCCAAGGACCUGGGGCUGCAGCUGCCCGCGCUCAGUGACGGCGGUGUUCAUAUAUUAGACAAGGGUAGUACGCAGUAUUUCGCUCUGCAUGGGAAGACGGGACAUUUAGUGACUGCGGAGAGGAUCGACAGAGAGCAGCUGUGCGAGCGUGUGCAGCAAUGCGUGCUGCGCUGUGAGCUGAUAGUGGAGGGGGAAAUGCAGGUGUACGGAAUCCAGGUGGGAAUCACGGACAUUAACGACAACGCACCCAGCUUCCGAGAGGAAGAAGUUGUAGUCAGAAUGAGCGAGAUGACAGCCCCGGGAUCGCGGUUUCCCCUGGCUGAAGCUCACGACCCAGAUUUGGGUUGGCAUUCCCUGCAGAGCUACGAUCUGAGCGGUGACGAGCACUUCUCGCUGGCCGUGCAGGCGGGCCCCGGCGGCGAUCAGCGUCCCGAGCUGGUGCUGGCGAAGGCGCUGGACCGGGAGGAGGCGGCGUUUCACGAGCUGGUGCUGAGGGCGAGUGACGGCGGCGAUCCGGCACGGACGGGCACGGCUCGGAUCCGUGUUACAGUGCUGGAUGCGAACGACAACGCGCCGGUGUUCAGCCAGGCGGAGUACACGGUGCGUGUGCCCGAGGACGUGCCCGUGGGCUCCGUGCUCGUCACCGUCACGGCCACGGACAAUGAUGAAGGGGUGAACGGUCACGUGAAAUACUCAUUUAAGAAAAUCACAGAGAAAGCUUCGCAGAUUUUCCAGCUGGAUUUCGACAAAGGAUCGAUCAGUCUCUUGCGGAGUCUGGAUUUCGAAGAAGGUGGUUCCUACGAACUGGAGGUGCAGGCACGUGACGGGGGAGGCCUAUCCGAUACUGUCCAAGUCAUCGUUACUGUAACAGAUGUGAACGACAAUAGCCCCGAACUCACAGUGUCAUCGGCGCUGAGCGAGAUCUCUGAGAAUGCGCCAUCGGGGACGGUGGUGGCCCUGAUACACGUGCAGGACCGAGACUCUGGGGCGAACGGGGAGGUCCUCUGCUCACUCGACGGGCAAGUCCCAUUCCGGCUGGAAAAGUCUUAUGAGGAUUACUAUCGCGUAGUGACAGCGGGCGAGCUGGACCGGGAGCAGGUGUCGGAGUACAACGUGACGGUGCGGGCGGCCGACGGCGGGUCGCCGUCGCUGCAGAGCAGCGCGGUGCUGGCGCUGCGGGUGCUGGACGUGAACGACAACGCGCCGGUGUUCGCGGAGGAGCGCUACAGCGCGCGGCUGGCGGAGAACAACGCGGCGGGCGCGCUGGUGCUGACGGUGCGCGCGACGGACGCGGACUGGGGGCAGAACGCGCGCGUGCGCUACCGGCUGUCGGAGGGGCGGGUGCGGGGCGCGCCGCUGUCGUCGUACGUGUCGGUGCAGGCGGAGACGGGCGCGCUGUACGCGCUGCGCUCCUUGGACUACGAGCAGGUGCGCGAGCUGCGGCUGUGGGUGCGCGCGGAGGACGGCGGCGCGCCGGCGCUGAGCGGCAACGUGUCGGUGCUGCUGCUGAUCGCGGACGAGAACGACAACGCGCCGCAGGUGCUGUACCCGCCGCCGGCCGCGGCGGCGUGGCGGGGCUCGGGCGCGGCGCGGUCGGUCGUGGAGCUGGCGCCGCGCUCGUCGCCGGCCGGCGCGCUGGUGGCCAAGGUGGUGGCGGUGGACGCGGACGCGGGUCAGAACGCGUGGCUGUCGUACGAGCUGGCCAAGGCCACGGAGCCGGGGCUGUUCCGCGUGGGGCCGCACAGCGGCGAGGUGCGCACGGCGCGCUCGCCGCUGGCCCGCGACGCGGCGCGCCACAGCCUGGUGGUGCUGGUGAAGGACCACGGGCGGCCGGCGCUGUCGGCCACGGCCACGCUGAGCGUGGUGCUGGCCGAGAGCGUGGCCGAGCUGCUGGCCGAGCUGGGCGGCGCGGCCGACGAGGCGGCGGCGCCGGGCGAGCCGGCCGGCAGCCUGACGCGCUGGCUCGUGCUGGCCGUGGCCGCCGUGUCCUGCCUCUUCCUCGCCUUCCUGCUGCUGCUGCUGGCGCUGCGCCUGCGCCGCUGGCGCCGCCAGCAGCUGCUGCCGCCCGACAGCGGCGCCUCCUUGCGCGGCGUGCCAGUCUCGCACUUCGUGGGCAUCGACGGCGUGCGCGCCUUCCUGCAGUCCUACUCGCACGAGGUGUCGCUCACGGCCGACUCGCGCGAGAGCCGGCUGCGCUUCUCGGCCGCCGCCGCCUGCUGCGACACCCUCCCGGCCCGCCCGCUGCCCGACGAGCCCGCGCCGCUGCUCGGGGACGAGGACCCUGCCGCCGCCCUUCCCGUCCAUCCCGCCGCUCCCUCGGAUGUUGUGGGGUUUUUUUGCGGCGCGGCGGCGCCUCCGGGUGUCGCUGUUGGCCGCCGCCGAGCGGCGCUGGAGCCGCCGCCGCCGCCGCCGCAGCGUCCUGCCCCCGCAGGCUGCUCGCUCGCCCGGCGCCGGCCACAGCGGCAGCGGCACCGGCGGCAGCGGCAAGAGGCGGCGGAAAGCGGCGGAGAGAGGCGGAGAGAGGCGGGCAGCAGCGGCGUCCGAGUGCGGCCCGAGCGGCCUCGCCGCGCUGCCUUUCGGCGAUCCGUGCGGUGUGCGGCGAGAGCGGCCGGAAGGGAGCGGCGGGGCAGCGGCGGGAGGCAGCGGCGCGGCGAGCUGUGGCGGCGGAGAAUGGCGGUGAGGCUCGGGCGGAGGCUCGGCACGGGCGACGGGCGAGCGCUGCCGGCCGCGGUGCUGCUGUGCCUGUGGUGGCGGGCGGCGGCCGAGCGGGUCCGCUACGCCAUCCCCGAGGAGCUGGGCAGAGGCUCGCUCGUGGGGCCGCUGGCGCGGGACCUGGGGCUCAGCGCGGACGAGCUGCCGGCGCGCAAGCUGCGGCUGAGCGAGGAGAAGCAAUACUUCACGGUGAAUGAGGAGAACGGGAACCUGUACGUGAAUGAGCGGCUGGAUCGGGAGGAGAUGUGCGGCGAGUCGGAGACCUGCUCCGUCAGCUUUGAGGCUUUAGUGCAGAACCCGCUGAACAUUUUUUACGUCGAGGUGAUAAUCGAGGAUGUUAAUGACAACUCCCCGGCCUUCAGGAAGCCUGCUCUUAACCUCGAGAUUGGAGAAUGGAUCCCUCCGGGUACUCGUUUUCCUUUGGAGAUGGCGCGAGACGCAGACGCGGGAAGCAACUCGAUGCUGAAUUACCAGCUCACCAGCAAUCCGUCAUUCUCACUGUCCAUGAAGGAAAAGCCAGGGGGAAAGAAGCAGCCCGAAUUAGUGCUGGAGAGAGUGUUGGACCGGGAGAAGCAGAGUUCCUUUGAGUUGGUGCUGAUAGCGGUGGACAGUGGGGACCCCGCCAGGACCGGGACUGUCCCGGUUCGGAUCAAUGUGACGGAUUUAAACGACAACCCACCCGUGUUCGGCAAAAGCCUGUAUGAAGCGCGGGUGGCGGAGAAUGUGCCGGUGGGGUCGCUGGUGCUGAGGGUAAGGGCGACGGAUGCAGAUGCAGGCUCGAAUGGACGAGUGUCCUACUCCUUUGGCAGCGUCCCGGAGGCCAUCAGGGCAUUGUUCACUAUCGAGAGUGAGAGCGGAGAAGUAAGGACAGCAGUUCCACUCGAUUUCGAAGAGAACAGUCAAUACAUCUUCGGCCUUGAGGCAACAGACGGUGGUGGGCUCACCGAUCACUGCGAAGUGCAGAUAUACAUCACGGACGAGAACGAUAACGCACCCGAAAUCACCAUUCUGACCCUGUCGAGUCCAGUGCCCGAAGACGUGCCGGUCGGCACCGUGGUGGCCUUGCUGAAAGUGCGGGACAGAGACUCCGGGGAGAACGGUCAGGUGUGGUGCGAGCUGUCGGGCGAGGCGCCGCUGUCGAUCGUGGCGUCGGCGGGCGGCUCGUACAAGGUGGUGACGGCGAGCGCGCUGGACCGCGAGCAGGCGUCCGAGCACCGCGUGACGGUGGUGGCCCGCGACCGGGGCAGGCCGGCGCUGCGGAGCAGCAGGGAGCUGGCGCUGGAGGUGUCGGACGUGAACGACAACGCGCCGGUGUUCGAGGAGGCGGCGUACAGCGCGUACGUGGCGGAGAACAACGCGGCGGGCGCGCUGGUGCUGCGCGUGCAGGCGCGGGACGCGGACGCGGGCGCCAACGGGCGCGUGAGCUACUGGCUGGCGGGCGGCAGCGCGGGCGCGGCGGGCGCGGCGCCGCUCGUGUCGGUGGAGGCGCGGAGCGGCGCGCUGUACGCGCAGCGCUCCUUGGACUACGAGCAGUGCCGCGAGUUCGCGGUGGCGGUGCGGGCGCAGGACGGCGGCGCGCCGGCGCGCAGCUCCACGGCCACGGUGCGCGUGUUCGUGCUGGACCGCAACGACAACGCGCCGCGGGUGCUGUGGCCGGCGGCGACAGCGGGAGGGGCCGCGGCGGCCGCCCCGACGGCGUUCGAGGUGGUGCCGCGCUCGGCCGAGGCCGGCUACCUGGUGGCCAAGGUGGUGGCGGUGGACGCGGACGCGGGGCGCAACGCGUGGCUGUCGUACGAGCUGGUGCAGGCGUCGGAGCCGGCGCUGUUCCGCGUGGGGCCGCACAGCGGCGAGGUGCGCACGGCGCGGGCCGUGUCCGAGCGGGACGCGGCCAAGCAGCGCGUGGUGGCCGUGGUGAAGGACCACGGGCGGCCGCCGCUGUCGGCCACGGCCACGCUGCACGUGGUGCUGGCCGAGAGCUUGCAGGAGGCGCUGCCGGAGCUGAGCGAGCGGCCGGCGGGCGCCGAGGAGGCGGCGGCGGCCGAGCUGCAGUUCUACCUGGUGCUGGCGCUGGCGCUGCUGUCGGCGCUCUUGGUGCUGAGCGUGGCUCUGGCCGUGCUGGCGCGGCUGCGCCGGGCCGGGCCGCCCGCCGUGCUGCGCUGCCUGGGCGCGCAGCGCUUCUCGGUGGCCGGCGCCGCCUUCCCGGCCGACUUCUGCGAGGGCACCUUGCCCUACUCCUACAACCUGUGCGUGGCGGCGCCGGCCCGCGCCGUGCCCGAGGCCUCUUGGCCCCCGCCGCCGCCGGUGCCCGUGCUGUCAGCGGAGGAGCUUCUGGGCGGCGAGUCCUGCGAGAAACCGGACCUGAGCAGUAGCGCCGAUGUGGGAGAGCCGCCCGCCGACCCGGAUGCAGCUCAGACGUCACAUGGAGAGAUGAUUCCAUCCCUGUUAGACAAUCACGAUAAAGACAUUUUCCCGGGCGGUAGAAAUAACAUAAUCACAGGAGGCGUGUUGAUUGUGUCCGCUCGUUACCGGUGGAGGAUGAAACCAGAGAUCAGGGCGGGCAGCGCUCGGUGCUGCAGUGCCGGGAGGAGGCUGCGGGCGCCGCUGUUGACCGAGAGGAGCGAGAGGAAGCUCGGAGCGCUGCAGCCCCGCCCGCUGCGGACCCGCUCCAUCACUCAUUCGCUCGGUGUCAGGCUCGGCCGCCGGGAGGUCCGCGACCGUGUCAGCGGUGCGGAGGCGUUCUGUAGCGACACGGAGAAGCCGGUGGGAGAAAUACCGUGA